AUGGCCGAUUCAAAUGCCGUUACUGUUCAGGAGGAUUUGUGUGACCUCCAGACGCAGUUGGAGCAGCGGCGUAGCCAGGCAAGAAAUCUAGAGUUGCAGGUGGCACGGAAAGAGGCUGAGCUUCGUCGUGCUAAAGAGGAGCAGGCACUUCUCAAGGAGCUCCGGAUGGUGAAUGAAGUAACACUACGCAAGAAGCAGCAGAAGGAUGACGCACAUGACAAUACACGGCUUAAAAUAUCAUUGGAGUCAUUGACGCAGGUCAUUUCUCUGGAGGAUGAAAUCAAACAUGAGAACAGACGGACGGCGGAAUUACAGGAUUCCGCCAACGUCAUAACUCGUCAGAUGGAAGACGUGGAGAAGGGCAUUGAGAAUGUCGUCAGCCGCCUGGCGUUGGUAAGACAGGUCACAGGGCGGGAUGGGAGGGAAAAUGCUCUUCUCAGUGGGCCAGCUACUACAAGUGAAUGGAUCAUGCGGAAGAAGAAUCUGACUGCCCUUCAUGAAGAGCAAAAUACGGUGAAGGCGCUCUCUGCUUUGUUAUCUGAGCGCAUUGAGGCCAUCAAUAAAGAGAUGGAGGAGCAAAGGCAAAAGGCAGAGCAGCUUGCCGCGGCAAAACAGAGUUUGGUGGAAACAAAUAAGGAAUACGAUGCGCUUCUCGAAGAGAUGAAAUCGAUGGAGCGACUCAUUAAGAAGAAGGAGCGUCUUUUGGACGCUUCGACCGCGAAGGAAAGUGACGACUACAAGAAAAUCAAGCAGCUGGAGGGGGACAAGAAAGUACUGUACGGCACCCUAUCCAAAUUCCGUGAAACGAAUGUCAAUAACUCCAAAUCCAUUCUCUCCCUGGAGGUACGCCUCCGGCAACUGGAGACCAAACUGGAGGCGGUGAAUCUCUUUCUUCAGCAUGUGUUUGCCCAAGUGGAGGAGGAGGAGGAGCCAUUGGAAAACAUUCCAGAGGACGCUACGGAGGUCCCGUUGCAACAGUUUGAGGAACUUUGCCGUGAACUUGAGCUCUCUCGGGAAACAUUGGUCCAGCGCGAUGACCAGCUCAAUGCCCAUGACGCGAAGGUGGAACAAUUGGGACGUAAAACUUUUGUUCUUCAAAAUGCUAUUGCAUCUCGCGCCACCUCCGCCCAGCUUCAGGUCAAAGGGAAGGAAAAAGAAUUUGAAACGCUCAUGUCCCACGUUGACUACAUGAAGGCGGAGUUUGACGAGGAGUACAAGAAGCUCUCCCGGGAAAACGCCAUGCUGCAGAGCAAACUGGCGCAGACGUCGUGA